CGACACACUGAUCGAUAGCGACCUGAUCUAAUGGAAUUACAAGAGAAGUAGAAGUAUGACAGCGCAUUUUAUUAAGUCAAUUUUCCAUAAUCUUUCAAGAUUCCAGGUUCUCUCGGUCGGUGCUGUUAUCUCUAUUUAUACCUAAGUUGUACUGUGUUGUGACCCGUGAGUCAGCAUUUUGUCCAAGGAUGGAUUAGGGCAGAAUGUUUGACGAUUCAGACUAACACAGGGUCUUUAGACAUUCCUAGCUGGCUUAUGCUUCGGCACGAUUCCGGUUGAAAAAGACAACCCAUUAUAUUGGGUGUUUAUCUUGUAUAGGUUCUGGCAUAAUCAGAUGGAAUUUAGACUACCCAUUACAUUGGAUUUUAGUUUUGUAUUUGUUUUGACAUAAUUCAGAUUGAAUUUGGGUAACCCAUUGCGUUGGUUUCUAAUUUACACUAGGUUUUGGCAUAAUUAAGACGGGAAUUAGUCAAUCCAUCUCAUUGGAUGUAGUAUCGGGUUGUCUUUUGGGAUAAAUUAUUGAGUUCAGAAUUGCAGGCAGAAGAAAUGGAGGGUUGGUCAGGGUCCGAGACAGAUUCAAAUAUGAUCGUGGAAGGUGAAUCGGAUGGUAAUAUUAAGUGUGCCCUAGACUUUUCCUUUGCCUUUGAUAAUUGCUAUUUUUCAGACCGAGUAUUGCAGAUUGAGGUCAUGCCUGAUCCGUCAGGAAACAUUGAAGAUUGGGGAGAGAAUCAAGAUGAUCAAAAUGGAAGUGAUAAGACUUCGUGUUCUUGUAGCAUGGAUUGCUCUGCUUCUGCAGUGAGAACUAGAACCAUACAUGUUAGCUCACUACUAUUGGCAGCAAAGAGUCCAUUUUUUUACAAGCUUUUCUCGAAUGGUAUGCGAGAAUCAGAGCAAAGAGAUGUUACUAUUCAUUUACGUUGUACAGAAGAAGCGGCAUUUAUGGAUUUAUUGAACUUCAUUUAUUGUGAAACACUCAAAGCAUGCACCAGAACUGCACUGUUGAAAGUCCUAAUGGUUGCAGACAAGUUUGAGGUUCUAUCUUGUAUGCAUUUUUGUGCUGAUGCUUUGCAGAGCUUAUCAACGCCAGAGUCUGCAUUAUCAGAAAAUGCAAAGGAACUUCUUAUAAAGCAUCUUGCAAAGAAUAAAAAGUUUGAAGAAGAGAUUAUGGAUCUACCUUUAGCAUCCGUUGAAGAUGCAUUGUCAAAGGAUGAAUUGCAAGUUGGAUCGGAAGAUGUACUCUAUGAUAUAGUUAUAACCUGGGCUAGAAAACAUUAUCCCAAUCAUGAAGAGAGGAGAGAAGUCUUGUGCAAUAGGCUUAGCCACUUGAUACGCUUUCCACACAUGACAAAUAGAAAGCUUAGAAAAAUACUCUCUCAUAGACACAAUGAUUUCUUAAGUUCGUUAAAUCUUGUCUCAGAGGCACUUCUGUUCAAAACAGAACCAACCCAUAAAAGGAGGAAUGAUGCCCCAGAUGGAAUUCUUCGUAAGAGGUUUUGUGAAAGGUCUUACACACACAAACCUAUCAAAGUAGUGGAGUUCGAUACACCCCACAGGGAAUGUAUGGUGUUUUGGGAUAUCAAGAGAGAGGACUGUUUAACACUCUUUCCUAAUAACUGGCUAACUUCUCAAGCUUUCUAUUUAGGAGGUGAACCAUUUCGCCUUACUGCUCAUUGUGGCGUGGACAAUCACACUCAUUUUCCUUGUUUUGGGCUGUGGCUUAUGAUGGAAAAUAAGGAUGAGGUAAUCCUAGCAUUGGAAUAUGAAUUUGCUGCUCGGUCAAAGCCAUCAAGUAACUUUUCUGUCAAGCUAAGUGGCAUGCAUAGAUUUGGUUCUAAGAAGAUGAUUGGUUCUUCCAAUCUAUUUGGAAUGCCUUGGAAAGUAUUUGUAUCUAAGAGCAAUCCUUAUUUCAUUAACAAUGUUCUUCAUAUGCGUUCAGUUCUUACAAUGAAGACAUAGCAGAAAAUGUGUAUCAGAAUGAUGAAUGUUCUUAACUGUGGAUGGUUCAAUCUUCCUAAUUUACUCCCUCGGGUGAAAUACUGUGGUUGGAUUGGGAUCUGAAGGUCCGAUCCACUAUGGUUAAUUUGUAAAUAUUUGGUGAUUAUAAUCAUUCACAUACUUGCAAUUUUGUCACUCGAAGGGCUUUGGAUAUGAGGCCUAAUUAUCCAUUUUUUAAUAUGUAAAUAUUCACUGUAUAUCAUUAUCUGCAGAAACGUAGCUUUCUCACGUCGAAACUGUAAAUCUAUAUUAUAAAUGACUAUAGAUCAUUUAUUACAAGCAAAAGGUGAUGGCUAUUCACAAAAUGUAGCUUUUUUUGUCGGU